ACCAAGAGUAUCAGCGAAGAAGAAGAAUUGCACACCUAUCUUGUUGCUUGGAGUCUUUCACGUUUGAAAUCAUCACCUUUGAGGAAGUGUUUACUCUAACAUCACCUCGCUCCAUGCAUUUAUUACCACUUGGUUGAUAUUAGUCCAGGUGUUUUUACACGGUUUUCUCUUGAUGCAAUGACAGUGUUUCUAGUGACCACAAUGAAAAGUUUCAUCCAUCAGCUGGAAAUAACAAGCGCAACACUUGCGACAUUGCUGUUGUGUGCUGGCGUUUUUAUUACAACAGCCUUAUUAGGGGUGAACCCGGAGCUGCUAUCAUUGCAGCCUACUGGGCUGGCUCAUUUGAAAGUAUACAAAUUAUUGAGCUACACAUUCUUCCAUGCUGACAUUAACUCUUUAUUGUGUAAUAUUGUUAUACUCUGGUACUUUGGCAUCAGCUUGGAAAAAAGCGUGGGAACUGUGAAAUACUGUUACUAUUUUGUCAUCUUCUCAGUUUUUCCUGGAUUACUUUGCAUUUUUUUGGAAUAUGUCUUAUAUGGAUUGGAAGGAAAUAAAGAUCUUCAAGGACUCAUGUCUGUGGUAUUUGCCAUGAUUGGCAUGUCCUCUGUUAAGUCAUCGAUGAGGAGAACUCUGUUUUUUGGAAUCAAUAUUCCAACAGUAGCAGUUCCUUGGCUUCUACUAAUAUUUGCUCUUGCUGUCCCAGGUUCCUCUUUCCUCUGCAAUGUCAGUAGUAUUAUUAUAGGAAAAAUCUAUGGUAAGGGAUUUUGUGUAUUGCUAGAUUUUUCUGAAGCAAAAGCGUCAUUGUUGGAUAAGAAAAUGCCUUUUCGAUUUUUACGAAAAUGGGAGAAGAUCGGGUAUGUUCCUGCUUCCCUCAGUGAAAGGAGAUCUAUGCAACAGAAAAGAAUAAAUCCACGCCCAGGGCUAUACCCAACUCAAGCUUAUGCUCCUGUUCAAAACAAUCCUGUGCCGCACAGAACAGAUCCUUACUUCCAAGCACAUGGAGGCUGGGUGAACUCUGCUUCUCAUCAUUUUGCUGAGAGCUGGCAAAUGCCUUCACAUGGACGAGAUCCCAGGCAGGUUUACGAGUCAAGACACGGUCAAAUGGGAGCAGUAUGUUCUGAGCCAUCUGAGAUAAUUACACUCCAAAACAAUACAGUCAAAAAUUCUGGACCAUUAUUUCCCGAUUUAAAUGCUCAACAAAGCACCUUCUAGACUUGUCUGUACACUCUUCUUUGAAAAUAAUCCAUUGGAUUUAAUUCCAAAAAAGAAUUUCUUACGUCUGAAUGGUGGCGUACAAGGACAGUUGUUUAACACAUUUCUUUAAAUGUGUGCUAAAAGCAGAUUAUUUCCUAAUUAUAUAAUUUUUUCCACAUCAAUUGAAAUCCUUUUUGUAAGCUUAUAGAACCAUUCUAAAUACUUUAUUUUUUUAAAUAUGGCCUGUAUGGUUGGGGAAGUGAAGUUUUUUUUUUUUUUUUACUUUAAUAACAUUUUUGUGUCUUAAAAGUCACUGGGAAGAUAUU